AGAAAGAAGUUUUGAGCCAACGAGGGGAAGAAAGGAGUUGGGGCAAAACAGGAGGCGUUUCCCUACCCGCAUACAUCCCCGUCCCCGAGACACCCAAUCCCCCCACCCCCAGCCUGCCCGCGCCUCCCGCCCCCAGCUCCUCGCCCUGGGGACAGCUGGCAGCCCCGCGCGGACCAGACACAAAGCCGAUCAAUCCCAGAGGCGUGGGGGCGGAGGGACGACCCGCCGGGGCUUUCCCGGGCGCUGCUCUCCUCCUGCUGCCCCCUCGCUAGGACCCGGCGGACGCCUCGCCUGGUUUUCACGCCUUCUAGCCCCCACCCCCACACACCCAAAAAAGAACAGACCCCCAUCCCUGGGCUGGAGGACCCGCCUCUUGGCAGCCAGCUGAGAAGGCGCCCCGGGGAGGGGGAAACUGACAUCCCAUCUAGAGCCUUCCCUCCUCUUCCUCCCCUCGCGACUCUCUGCUCCUUUCCCGCCCCAGAAGUUCAAGGGCCCCCGGCCUCCUGCGCUCCUGCCGCCGGGACCCUCGACCUCCUCAGAGCAGCCGGCUGCCGCCCCGGGAAGAUGGCGAGGAGGAGCCGCCACCGCCUCCUCCUGCUGCUGCUGCGCUACCUGGUGGUCGCCCUGGGCUAUCAUAAGGCCUAUGGGUUUUCUGCCCCAAAAGACCAACAAGUAGUCACAGCAGUAGAGUACCAAGAGGCUAUUUUAGCCUGCAAAACCCCAAAGAAGACUGUUUCCUCCAGAUUAGAGUGGAAGAAACUGGGUCGGAGUGUCUCCUUUGUCUACUAUCAACAGACUCUUCAAGGUGAUUUUAAAAAUCGAGCUGAGAUGAUAGAUUUCAAUAUCCGGAUCAAAAAUGUGACAAGAAGUGAUGCGGGGAAAUAUCGUUGUGAAGUCAGUGCCCCAUCUGAGCAAGGCCAAAACCUGGAAGAGGAUACAGUCACUCUGGAAGUAUUAGUGGCUCCAGCAGUUCCAUCAUGUGAAGUACCCUCUUCUGCUCUGAGUGGAACUGUGGUAGAGCUACGAUGUCAAGACAAAGAAGGGAAUCCAGCUCCUGAAUACACAUGGUUUAAGGAUGGCAUCCGUUUGCUAGAAAAUCCCAGACUUGGCUCCCAAAGCACCAACAGCUCAUACACAAUGAAUACAAAAACUGGAACUCUGCAAUUUAAUACUGUUUCCAAACUGGACACUGGAGAAUAUUCCUGUGAAGCCCGCAAUUCUGUUGGAUAUCGCAGGUGUCCUGGGAAACGAAUGCAAGUAGAUGAUCUCAACAUAAGUGGCAUCAUAGCAGCCGUAGUAGUUGUGGCCUUAGUGAUUUCCGUUUGUGGCCUUGGUGUAUGCUAUGCUCAGAGGAAAGGCUACUUUUCAAAAGAAACCUCCUUCCAGAAGAGUAAUUCUUCAUCUAAAGCCACGACAAUGAGUGAAAAUGAUUUCAAGCACACAAAAUCCUUUAUAAUUUAAAGACUCCACUUUUGAGAUACACCAAAGCCACCGUUGUUACGCAAGUUAUUAAACUAUUAUAAAACUC